CUUUUAAUAAUUUUGAGAUUAAUGAAGAUUUGUGAACCCAAUUAAUACUGGUUUUUACUGUAUAGUUUCCUCCCCAUCUGUCUUGUCUCACUGUCUUUUUCCCCCCUAAUAAAAACCUCUUUCCUCCUUCUCUGUCGACUCUAUCUUUCUGACUGCAAAGAACAAAGCUUUUUUUCUAAGAGGGCAAAAAGGUUUGUUCUUUUCUUCUUUUGCUCUUCACAACCCGAACAAUACUUUGUUCUUGUUUCCCAUUGUUAUAAAAACUAGACCCUGAAAACAAACACAAAAAGGUUCUCUCUCUCCAAUGGAUUUGCAACUGAAGCAAUGGAGAAGCCAGCAGCAGCAGCAGCAGGCAGAGUCAGAAGACCAACCUUCUGCAGCUAAGAUACCAAAACAUGUCUUUGAUCAGAUUCAGUCCCAAACUGCAACUUCUACUGCUCUUCCACUCUUUUCCCCUGAGCCUACCGCUUCUAAACUAUCCUCUCUGUCUCAAGAUUCUUCUUCCAGGUUCCCCAAGAUUGGGAGCUUUUUUAGCUGGGCACAGUGGCAAGAGCUUGAACUACAGGCACUGAUCUACAGGUACAUGUUGGCUGGAGCUGCUGUUCCACAAGAGCUUCUUCUACCCAUCAAGAAAAGUCUUCUCCAUCUAUCUCCUUCCUACUUUCUUCACCACCCUCUUCAACACCUCCCUCACUACCAGCCUGCUUGGUAUAUGGGGAAGGGGGCGAUGGAUCCUGAGCCAGGGAGAUGCAGGAGGACGGAUGGUAAGAAGUGGAGAUGUUCAAGGGACGCCUUCCCUGGCCACAAGUAUUGCGAGCGCCACAUGCACCGUGGCCGCAACCGUUCAAGAAAGCCUGUGGAAACUCCUACCGUCAAUGCCACUACCUCAACUCCCAUUGCUCCCGCUUCAGCACCCGCCGCAACAACAUCUUUGUUUGCUUUUGGCGGUGGUGAGGAAGUGGGUCAAGGAGGAGGAUCUUCUUGUUUCUUCUUCUCUGGUUCUGGUUCUUCCAAUUCUUCAUCUGAACUUCUCCACCUUAGUCAAAGUUCGGAGUUGAGGCAAGGAAGCAACAACAGCAACAACAAGAGGCCAUACGAAUCCCAUAAUGGAUUUGGCAACAACAUAUCAGAUGGAGGACACACUUUGAGGCACUUCUUUGACGACUGGCCUCGUUCCGAAGCCGACAAUAGUUCAACCCCCAUGAGCUCAACCACCUGUCUCUCCAUCUCCAUGCCCGUAAACUCUUCCUCGGACGUCUCUCUAAAGCUGUCUACAGGCAACGAAGAGGAGGAAGCUAGGAGCAACAACAACAGGAGGGACCAGCAAAACAUGAGCUGGUGGAGCGGUGGAGUGUCACUUCCCAACCACCACCACAUGGGCGGACCAUUGGCCGAAGCCUUGAGAUCUUCCUCAUCGUCUUCCCCAACCAGUGUUCUCCAUCAGCUCGGUGUCUCCACACAAGCCUUUCAUUGAACAGUGUAUAACCAACACCGCAUUGCAGUUUUUUCUACUGUUUUGUUUUUAUAUUCAGAUUUUGAAUGUUUUUGUUGCAUCUGUUACAGUUCUGAGUUCUCUGCAGAUUUUCCUCUCAAAUAUUUUUCUUUUUGGAACUAAGCAAGUGUUCAUAUCACUAAUUACAAUCUGUGAUGAAGCAUAUAUAAGCUACUUUUAAAA